GGUCCGCCAUAAAACCCACAGAAGAAGAAGAUUUACCAACAUCUAAUUUCCUGAGGAUUUGUUUUUUCCUUCGCUAGAAACGGACACAGUAUUUAACACAUCCAUAUUGUUUAUAAAGAAGCUAUUUUAUUUAUUAUUUAGAUUCAGCUACUACUCAGUUCCAUUUUGCAAGGAGCGAACAAUGACUCGGCAUGGGAAAAAUUGUACGGCAGGAGCCGUUUACACCUACCACGAGAAAAGGAAGGACACUGCGGCAUCGGGUUAUGGGACGCAAAGUGUGCGUUUGGGAAAGGAUGCCAUCAAGGACUUCGACUGCUGUUCCCUUUCUCUCCAGACCUGCAGGGACCCCGUUGUAACUCCAGAUGGGUACUUGUAUGAAAAACAGGCCAUUCUGGAGUACAUACUCCACCAGAAGACUGAGAUCGCCAAGAAAAUGAAGGCGUACGAGAAGCAGAAGCAGACUCAGAAGAGUGACAGUCGUCUGGAGUCUAAAUCCGAGGAGAGGGGGAUAGCAGAGAGGUUCAAGACCAGGGAGAACAGCAUCGUGUCCAAACCCAUCAACCCCUUUACCUCUGGCCAGGCCAAAGAGUCAGACAGCCAGAGUGUUGUGGGUGCAUCAGCCAGUACAUCCAAAGCCGACUCCUCUGCUCCUGCCGCCGGCACCAGCUCCUCCCAGUCCCUGCCCAGCUUCUGGAUCCCCAGUCUCACCCCAGAGGCCAAACCCACCAUACUCAAGAAACCUAGUAAGACGGUGGUGUGUCCCAUGUCUGGCCGGCCUCUGAAGAUGAACGAGCUGAUCAACGUGCACUUCACUCCUCUGGACCCCAGUCUGGACCGGGUGGCCCUGCUCGCACGCCAGGAGAGGUACCUGUGUGCCGUGACUAAAGACACUCUGGGUAACAGUGUCCCCUGCUCCGUUCUCAAACCCUCUGGGGCGGUGGUGACUCAGGAGUGUGUGGAGAGGCUGAUCAGGAAGGACAUGACGGACCCGAUUACCGGAGACAAACUCACAGAGAAGGACAUCAUCCCACUGCAGAGGGGUGGAACUGGGUUUGCAGGCUCUGGAGUGGGUCUGAAAGCUAAAGAGGCUCGACCCGUAAUGAUGGUGUGAUGGUUCAGAGACGAUGGUCAACAUGAUAAAGGUGUAUACUUGAGAUUAUUUGUACAUAUGGUUGUCGGUUCUUGUAUGGAGUCUGAGAAUUCCAACUGAUAUUUUUAAGCUUUGUUACACACACACUUACAAAACAGGGCUCUACGCUGACCUCUUUUACAAGGAGCACGUGUGUGUGCUUAAGUUGAAACAUGUAGGUGCACACAAAGACAUUUAGAAGGUAAAAUAUUUGGUGUUAAAGCUAGAAUCCUUAAUUUUUCUAGGUGCACUGGUGCUCCUAAAUUAAAAUUCCUGGCUGCACAGCAAAGUAUUUAGGUGCAUAUGUGAGUAAAAUGGUCGUACUGUAGAGCCCUGAAAAAUUUACUUUUUAUUUCUUUCUGGCAAAAAACAAACCUACACCAAUUUAAUGAGCAACUGUAUUUAAUAAAAAAUUAAAUUGA